AUCAGACUCAAAACUGUUGGCCUUGUCUAUUUUAUCAUUUAUUCAAAUACCUGUCCUGUAUUUGUAAACUCACCUUAACUAUAAAGACUGAAUAACAUAAAAAGAUGUGAUAAAAUUGUAAUUAAAGCAUCUAUACUUGAGGUUCAUUUGAGGGUAGCUGUCGAAUUAACCUUAGACUGCUCUAAAUUGCAAAUACAUGUACUGUACAAAUAUAUCUCAGCAAUGAAUGCACAAGAGGAUAUAGAUGCAAUUAAACAAUGGUUGGCAAAUUGGGUGAUACUCAUAAAUGACAAGAAGGAUGCUGCAAAGGUAGCUGCCAGUUACACAGAGGAUUGCAUGCUUUUGGGACCAAACAUGCCAAACAAAUUUGGCAGAGAAGCUGUCCGCAAACAUAUGCAGACGCUGAUAGACUCUGGAUUGAAAUAUAUAAAUGGGAAGCAUAUUUCUAUAGAAACAAAUGGCAACCUGGGCACAGAUGUGACUAACUACCAUGUUGAGAAUGCAGAUGGAGAAAUUAUAGGAACAGGAAGGACACAUUGUGUGUGGAAGAAAAUAGAUGGUGUCUGGUAUUGCCACAGGGAUGCAUGGGGAUUGUGCCCAAUUGACACAAGCUAAUAUGCAAUGUUGUAUGAUACAUUUAUGGCAACGUAAGGUGUCCGGAACGAAAUCAGGGUGUCCCGGGCCUACAGACUCCCACUUCUGCCAAACCCUGAAUGUAUCGAUAAACAGCAGGACAUAUUCAUAAUAAAGCAAAAUUCACAUACAUCAAUAUGCUUAGAUACUAUUAAAGGCCCCAUAUAAAGCUUAGACCUUUAAAUGAGAUUACUUUAAGGAAUACAGCUCAGUGUCCACUUAUCUAAUUUAUAGCAUGCAUUUGUAGAAUGUAGUUUUAUAUGAGACUUUAUUAUUGUAAUCAAUUAGAAGCUUUACCAUUUCAAUCAUUUAACAAUGAACAGUCUCAUGCAAUCUUUGGAAAUAUAUAAU